GAUCAUAAGGUUGAAGUUGGCUCUUUAAUAUGCAAAUUCCACAUUAGAGGAAGAUACUUGUGAGUUGAAACCUCUGCAAUGUUCUUAAUAUCUGUAACAGAAAGAAAUGGUGUUUGGUAAAAUUGCAGAAGUGAUUUCUUCUGCAUCUAGUCAUUUAUCAUCCACUCAGUCUUCUUCUGUUCAGUAUAUGUCACCUGCAUUGUCACCUCCGAAGAGUAAAGGUUCUUCUCAUGGGCUUUUUGUGAAUUCUGGCCACAAGAGCAACUUGCGCCUGUCAUCAUCUCUCCAAGAUUUCUCCUCAUAUCAUCGGCUUGAUUUGGAAGAAGGUGAUCUUAAUGAUGGAAAUAAUAGGAGUGUUACAAAACAGCCUUUACAGAGAGACAAUGCUGGAUCAAGUUUCUCAAAGGAAAAGGCUUUUCCAGGUGGUACUUCCUUUAAGUGCCGGAAUUCAGUGAGAAUGUUCUUGGGUUUCUUGUGCCUACUUUUAUUUGCUUUCCCUUUAUAUGCAAUUUCAAUGUAUAUUUAUUCCAACCAGGCUCAAGGGGCUUCCAAAUAUUAUGUUGUACUUGAUUGUGGAAGUACUGGAACGCGAGUUUAUGUGUAUCAGGCAUCAAUUGAUCACAAGAAAGAUGGCAGCCUCCCUAUUGUCAUGAAAUCAUUCACAGAAGGUCUUUCUAGAAGACCUAGUUCACAGAGUGGACGUGCAUAUGAUCGAAUGGAGACUGAGCCUGGCUUUCAUAAAUUGGUGAACAACAGAUUUGGAUUGGAGGCUGCCAUAAACCCAUUAGUUCGGUGGGCUGAGAAGCAAAUUCCUGAGCAUGCCCAUAACACUACCUCUCUUUUCCUUUAUGCUACAGCUGGUGUUCGAAGGCUGCCGAGUGCAGAUUCAAAAUGGCUUCUAGACAAUGCUUGGUCCAUAUUAAAGAGUUCACCCUUCUUGUGCAGAAGAGAGUGGGUUAAGGUUAUCAGUGGAACAGAGGAAGCUUACUAUGGGUGGACAGCCCUCAACUAUCAGAGUCACACGUUAGGGGCCACACCUAAAAAGGCAACAUUUGGUGCACUUGACUUAGGUGGAUCAUCAUUGCAAGUUACUUUUGAGAAUGAGCAACACCAGCAUAAUGAAACAAACUUAAACCUUAGAAUUGGAGCUGUUAACCACCAUCUCAGUGCCUAUUCUCUCCCAGGAUAUGGUUUGAAUGAUGCAUUUGAUAAGUCUGUGGUUCAUCUAUUGAAGAAGCUCCAAGAUAGCCCCAAUACAAUUCUUGUUAAUGGCAAGAUAGAGAUUAAGCAUCCUUGCUUGAACUCUGGCUACAAGGAACAAUACACUUGUAUACAGUGUGUAACUAAUGACCAAGAGAAUGGGAGUCCUAUAAUUGGAGGAAAUAAAUCACAGAAAGGAGGAAAGUCUGGGAUUUCUGUGCAGCUUAUUGGUUCUCCAAAUUGGGAAGAAUGCAAUGCACUUGCAAGAGUUGCUGUAAAUUUGUCUGAAUGGUCAAAUCUAAAGCCAGGAAUUGAUUGUGAUUUGCAACCCUGUGCUCUUUCUGAUAGUCUUCCUCACCCUUAUGGCCAGUUCUAUGCCAUUUCUGGUUUUUUUGUUGUAUAUCGUUUUCUCAAUCUGUCUUCAGAUGCUGUACUUGAUGAUGUACUGGAAAAGGGUAGGGAGUUCUGUGGAAAAACUUGGGAAGUUGCAAAAAAUAGCGUCGCUCCUCAGCCCUUUAUUGAACAGUAUUGCUUUAGGGCACCAUAUAUAGUAUCAUUAUUGAGAGAGGGCUUGCACAUUUCAGAUGGUCAGAUUAUUUUUGGUUCUGGAAGUAUUACAUGGACACUAGGUGUUGUCCUGUUGGAAGCUGGAAAAUCUUUUUCAACUAGGUUGGGCCUCCACGGUUAUGAAAUACUGAAGAUGAAGAUAGAUCCAAUAUUUCUUAUUGGCAUUUUGUUAAUUUCAGUAAUUCUUCUUGCUUGUGCAUUAUCAUGCAUUUGCAAUUGGAUGCCUAGAUUUUUUUGGAAGCUAUAUCUCCCUCUUUUGUGGUGUAACAGUGCAUCCCCCUCAUCAGUUCUUAACAUCCCAUCCCCUUUCAGGCCCCAGCGCCGGAGUCCUAUCAGUGAAGGAGAUGAAAGAGUUAAGACACCUCUAAGUCCUACAGUUAGUGGCUACCGGGAAAGACCCUUUAGCUUGGGACAUGGUCUUGGUGGCAGCAGCAUCCAACUCAUGGUGUCUUCCUCGUACGCACCAACUAGUAGAGAUUCACAUAUUUAUUCCUCAAAAAGCUUGGGAGAGAUGCAGGCUGACAGUAGCAGCUUGGGUUCCUUCUGGUCCACUCAUAGAACUCAGAUGGGUUUGCAAAGUAGGCGUUCACAAUCACGAGAAGACCUGAAUUCGUCUCUAGCUGAAGCACACAUGGUGAAGGUUUAGGGAGUGCUCGUCAGAAGUUUUGUUAUGCUUAUUUCUCUCUUCACCAAAUUACAUUUUCCAUCUAGGAAAAGAACCUGAAAAUAUCUCUCUAAAGUUUUUACUUAGUAUUCAAUUCUAGAAAUUCAUUUUGUACCAUACAAGAUUUCAGUUGAGAAAGUAAGUUGACACAUCUAAUCUUUCAUACUUCAAAUUUGUAACUAGCUUCCAAAGGACAGGACAAUAUCGUUCCAUGCAUUUCCUGACUUCACAAUUGUAGUGUCUAACAUUCUAUUAAUACAUUCAUCUGUAAACA